AUGCUGCGCGACCGGAUCAUCAAGGUGUACAGUGAAGAUGGCGUAGGGAAGGUGGUGGAGGUGCCAGCUGAUAUGAGGGCCAGAGACGUGUGUCAGUUUCUUGUCUAUAAGAGCCACUGUCUGGACGACAACAGCUGGAGCCUGGUGGAACAUCACCCACUACUGGGCCUCGAGCGUUGUCUGGAGGACCAUGAGUUGGUGGUUCAGGUUCAAGCCUCUAUGACCAGUGACAGUAAAUUCCUCUUCAGGAAGAACUAUGACAAGUAUGAGUUCUUCAGGAAUCCCUUGCCCAGUAAGGUGAGGAGUGAGUGCAAGGAGCUGAGGAUGCUGUGUGCUGAAGAUGAACAGAGCAGAACCUGCUGGAUGACUGCCUUCAGACUCUUAAAAUAUGGAAUAUUACUGGAUCAGAACUACAAGAGUCCCCAGCAAAGGAAGUCUCCGGUCUCACAUUUCUCUACUCCUGUGCGGAGUGUGUCUGAGAACUCUCUGGUGGCCAUGGACUUCUCUGGCAGGACGGGACGAGUCAUAGAGAACCCUCUGGAAGCAGUGAGCGCCGCUGUGGAGGAGGGACAGAAAUGGAGGAAACGGGGUCAGCGUAUGAAGGCUCUUGGCAGUCCCAGCCCCCUCCAGCCCUCUUCUCUCAGCUCAGUGAUCCACAGAACACAGCUAUGGUUCCAUGGUCGCAUCAGGAGAGAAGAGUCCCACAAGAUGAUCAUGCAACAAGGACAAGUAGAUGGGUUGUUCCUGCUGAGAGACUGUCAGAGUAACACCAAGGCGUUUGUCCUGACCCUGUGCCACCACCAGAAGAUCAGACACUUCCAGAUCCUACCGUGUGAGGAGGAAGGUCAGAUGUCCUUCAGUCUGGACGACGGCACCACCAAGUUCACAGACCUGAUCCACCUGGUGGAGUUCUACCAGCUCAACAGAGGGGUGCUGCCCUGCAAACUCAAACACCCCUGCACUGCUGUGGCCUUGUGACCCUUCACCCCUGACCUUUGACCCCUGAACCAUGAUCUCUGGCCCCUGGUCUCACUACACCACCCUCUGUCUGCAGUUAAAUUCUCUACCCCUCGUUCGUCAUGGAUUUAAAAGGAAGGAAGGAAGCUGAUGGCAUAUGCUUAGUUACACCAAUCCAAAGCUUUUAAAAAUGAGCGGGAGUAAGCAAGUCCACACUUUGGAGAGAGGGGUGGGGUAUUCGAACCUUGCCACACACAAGGACGGACAGACAAACAGACGUGGUGAACUAUAGUGUUCUAUGGAUAUCUAUGGAUCCAACCAAGCCCGUUUCCUUCUCCUUCAUCCACCUCAGAUAGACAGACAGACAGGGAGCUGGGCUCCCCUCACUUCCUUAAUGAUCAUCAGGGAUCGACUUGGAUCGAAUCGAUCACAACAAUCGACGAUAAAUCAAAAUGUGCAGUACAGUCUUUAUAAGCUGAUCACCUGACGCUUCAUGCUACCUGGGGGGCUGAUGUUGCCUGGGAGGCAUCCUACUCUUCCUCUGCUAUACUUACUGGACCAACCAUCUAACUAACUCACCGAGACUUUAUACAGGGCCCUAGGAGGAGAAAAAGAAAACUCCAAAAAGAAAACUCCUUUCAAACAAACGUCCGUUUGUUUGAAAGGGCAGAUGAAUGUUUGAGUUGGGGACUUCCCUGUCAGAGCUGAUGACAUUGUAUUACCGUUGUAGAACUAUUUGCACUUCUGAACAGACAGCCGACAGUUCUCUUCUGAGCUGGAUGAAGGUGAAUGCUCCUUCUCAACCUCCUCUUCCUCCUUUCUUUCUUCUCCUCUUUCUACUCCUCCUCCUCUUUUCUGCGUGAAAAAUCCCAGCCUACUGAUUGGAUUAGCGUUGCUUUGGACAGGACUGAGAGGCAUGGCUGAGCGUGCCGUUGCCAUGCUAUUGGGAAAGGUGACAGCUAGGCGGCUCCGCUCCAGAAAUCCUCUCCAACCUUUUCAUUCCUACUCCGUUUGGCUCCAUCUGAUCCCAUCAGAACAUUUAGAAACCCAUUACAAUUUCCUGGAAUCAGACGGAAAGUUCMGAGUGUUGAUAACGGGACAGAGGGAAGAGGAGAAGUCUCACAUAGGUCCCCGGAAAACCUGCCCCCUGCACUGUCACUUGAGACUGUUAAGAGUUAAAACUGGAGUCUUUCAGGCUAUGUUCCAAUGUCCACACUAAUAUUGCACUUAGAACGUAUGUCCAAGACCUUGUUACACUCUUAGUAGUGUGCUAGUACUGUAUGUGGGUAUUGGAACAGAACCUCAUCACAACCAGACUGUAUUUUAUUAAUGUCAAUCAGUGUUCUCAAAGUUGUAAGCUUCUCACUGCACAGUCAGCAGUGACUAUAUACUAUAUGUGCUUGAUUGGGCUUGCCUUGCUUAAUAGACCAAUAGAACUGUCUCAAAACUGCAAACCCUGCCCAUCUGGCUAGAGCAAACACCCAAAGCAUUUGAAAGAUUUCAAAUAGUACUUUUAACACAGGUCAGACCAAAAGGUGUGAGAGGGCAUUAAUUCUCAGAACACAGGAAACCAUUUUAAACCACCCCCCAACAUGUAUUGUAUUUAUCUUGAUUAAAAUAAUGACUU